GGAAAGGCAAACACACCCAGACACCACGCUCCAGCGACGGUAAAGUACACAGCGUGCGCACACGCGACGAAACAAAAGCACAAGCCAAAACUCCCAGUUGAACCAGCGAGCCCACUACAAGCCAAAGAAGUGAAGUGACCAGAGGCCACCAACUCAUAUAGAGACGACAGACGACUAGACAAGGCUACAUAACGUGAAAGAUGUCCACACCUGCACGCCGGAGAUUAAUGAGAGACCUUAAGAGACUCCAAUCGGAUCCACCAGAGGGUGUGUCAGCGACACCGUUACCUGAAAAUGUCAUGGUUUGGAACGCCAUCAUAAUCGGACCAGCAGAUACCCCAUUUGAAGAUGGAACCUAUCGUCUACUCAUCAAUUUUGACGAGCAAUACCCUAAUAAGCCACCGAGUGUGAAGUUUAUCUCUGAGAUAUUCCAUCCAAACGUGUAUGCCAGCGGUGAUCUAUGUCUUGAUAUUCUUCAAAAUAGAUGGUCUCCGACAUUUGACGUGUCGUCGAUAUUGACAUCGAUACAGUCGUUGUUAAACGAUCCGAAUAUCUCAUCGCCUGCUAACGUUGAAGCUGCAAACUUGUACAAAGACCAUACUGCGCAAUACGUGAAAAGGGUGAGAGAAACUGUGGAGAAGAGUUGGAAUGACGAGAUGGAUGAUGACGAUGACGAUGACGAUGACGACGACGACGACGAAUGAGUAGUCCGAUCGCCAUACCUCACAUAUAUUACUGGCAUUCUACAUGGACUCACUACUAUUUAACUAACAUACAAAAUCAUCCAUUUCUCUUUUUAAUAGUCUAUCUGAGCCACAAGAAAUACCAC